AUGCCGAGCACUCGCAACUAUGACUUCCUCAUCAAACUGCUGCUAAUAGGCGACUCGGGCGUUGGCAAAUCAUGCUGCCUGCUGCGCUUCAGCGAGGACUCGUUUACGCCCUCCUUCAUCACCACCAUCGGCAUCGACUUCAAGAUCCGCACCAUUGACCUCGAUGGCAAGCGCGUCAAGCUGCAGAUCUGGGAUACCGCCGGCCAGGAGCGCUUCCGCACCAUCACCACCGCCUACUACCGCGGCGCCAUGGGCAUCCUCCUCGUCUACGACGUCACCGACGAGCGCUCCUUUAACAACAUUCGCACCUGGUUCCAAAACGUCGAGCAACAUGCCACCGAGGGCGUCAACAAGAUUCUCAUCGGCAACAAGUGUGACUGGGAGGAGAAGCGCGUCGUCUCCCAAGAACAGGGCCAGGCUCUCGCUGACGAGCUCGGCAUUCCCUUCCUCGAAGUCUCGGCGAAGAGCAACAUUAACAUCGACAAGGCCUUUUACAGCCUCGCAGCCGACAUCAAGAAGCGCCUCAUCGACAACUCCAAAAACGAACAGUCGACAAGCUCAGGCGUCAACGUCAGCGACAAGGGCGAGGGCGGCUUUGGAAGCAAAUGCUGCUAG